AUGUUAAACGUUAUCUAUUUAGAAACACCAAGAAUCUCGCGUGCAUGUUUCUGUCCCACACAUGCUGACCUCGUCAACAUCCUUCGCAAGCGAAUCGAUAAAGGGGAACGCUCUAGUCUCAUAACCGACAAUCAUAUUCUGUACAAGACAGCACCGUGGCUUUUCCAACACGUAAGACAUGUUAGCUUCAAUGAGAACGAGUGGUAUUACUACGUCACGAGGAAACAACUUCCGGCGAUGACGAGAAAACCUGACUCGUGGAGACCGUGCCGUAAGGUUGGAUGGUCAGGGACAUGGAAGACAUCUGGUUUGAAUGAGGUUAUCGACGAAAAAGGAGUUAAGGUCGGUUCUAUGCACUAUGCAAGCUUCCAGGCCAAUGUUGAAACAAAGAAAGAUGGGAUAAAGACUGGUUGGUUGAUGCAUGAGUUUCUUUUGGAUAGACCGGGUUUUCAAGAACUGGUUCUCUGUAGAAUCAAGUUUAGACCGGGUAAAGACAAUGCUCAAUUUGCUCCAAUAUUCGCACCUAUAGUGAUCGGACAGCCACAACCGCCACCGGUGGAGACACAUCAAGAUCCGGGCACGGAACACCAAGGGAUAAUGGGACAAGACUCAAACUAUCCAUUACUGAAUGAAGACAUGGGGGAAUAUGGUCAAGAUUUGGUUGACAACCAAUGCCAGUAUUUAGUACAAGAGACGAUGGAACGUCUCCAGAUUCCAAUGAUGAUGAAUCAAGCCUUGAAUGAGGAGCAAGAGUGGAAUGGGUAUUCUAGUCCAUCCUUGGCUCAACAGUAUUUUGGAAAAGACAUGGUUCCAAUGACACAACACUUGGAUGCUCAACAUCAACAUUUUGGAAGCAUGUUUGAACAUCAAGGCUUGGGUUCUUCUGCUCAGUUUUUUGGAGAAUCUUCAGGUCAGCAGCAAAACCAUAUUCUUGGAACACAAGCAACCACCUAUCACUCACUUAUGGAGGAGGAGCAGCAUCAAGAUUUUGGUUCUUCUGCUCUGUUUUUGGCUCAAAACAAUCAGUCUUUGAGACAGAACAAUGAUCUCUUAGCUCCCGGACAGCUAUCUGCUCAGCAACAGCUUUUGAGGCAAAACUCAAACUUGUCUCUUACGCAACAGCAAAACCAGAUUUUUGGAGAAGACACCUAUCUCUCUCCAAUGGAGCAGCAGCUUUCGCAAAUUCAUUAUUCACAGGUUCCAGUUAUGGUGAAUCAAGCCUUCGAGGUGCAGCAGCAUGUUCCAUGGUCGGCUCAGCCAUAUGCUCAAUUUAAUGGACAGAACAACACACUCCCAACUGUUCCUAUGACGACUCAACAACAACAGGACAAUACCGUCAGAAGUUUACCUGCUCAGCUACAACCUGAAGAACAAGACAAUGCUCCUUUGAAGAAUCAAACCAUGGAAGAACAAGCUGCAUAUCUUCCAAUGAACCAAGGCAUCAAUGAGCCACAUGGAGGCAUUGUUGGCUAUCUUUAACUGCUACUCUGACAAACUGCAAAACUCCAAAGUUUCUCUUUAACUUCCUUUUGUCUUAUUAAUGUUGUUUAAAAUAAUGCUUUCAGUUCAUGUUUUUGUUGUUUUUUGUUGUUUUUGUUGUUUUUUGUUGUUCAUGUUGUUCAAAUUCAUGUUUUCAAAAAAAGAAAAGAAAAAAUUAAUGUUUGAUUUUGUUAUUUAUGUCCCCAUUACUAAUUUCAAUUGUUACCUUUUCCAACUCUCAUCUUUUUUUUCAUUGUAACUAUCUUUGAUUUUUUCCCAUAGCUUUCCUAUAGAUUGAUUAUUACUACAAAUUGGUUCUUCAGAUAUUUCUAAAUACACACGACAUAAUAAUUCAUCUUCAUGUUGAUUGAACGAUGAGCCUUUACUCUUUUUCAUAUUUUUAGCAAAUAAAAAGAUUAUUGAAUGUGAUAUUUUAAAUUACUUGGAACCUAUUAUUUAUAGGUGAAAACGAAUGGAUAAAACUUUAAAUGAGUGGUCACAAUUCAGUUUUACAAUUUUCUUAUCUAAUAUGUUGGGUAGAUUAUACAAGAUUCUAACCCAAUAGUUGAUGCCAUGAGAAAUCUAGUGAAUGGUGUAGACUAAAUAUUAAAUAUUUUAUAUGAUAUUUGGAUAGGAUAAUAAUCCAACAAUUGGUAACAUAUAAUAUCUAGAGAAUGGUAUAGAUUAAAUAUUCAAGAUUCUUAGAUGAUAUUAGAAAAGAUUUUAAUCCAACGGUUGAUGGAAAAUGAAAUCUAGUGAAUGGUAUAGAUUAAAUAUUCCAAAAAUUCUAUCUUCUUAAAUAGUAAAUUUAUAUCUAUAAAAAUACUCGGUUUCAUUAAUUUUUAUCUCGUAAUUUACAAAUAAAAAGAAAAGAUGGUCAUUUUAUCACUUCUAAAUUCACUAAUUAAUCAUAUAUGUAAGUAUUAUGUAAAUAAUAGUAACGAAUAGUAAGGUAUUUUAAGAAAAUAUGAUUUCGUUUAUCAUUUUGAGUCGUUUGAAGUUGCAUUUGCUUGAAUUAUGUGUUUAAAGUUGAAUAUAUCUUCUUCUUUUUUUUGAGAAAGAGCUUGUUUAAAGCUGAAGUUAUGUAAUGGUUAUGGUUGAAAACAUGUUUUUAGUAACAUAAAAAAAUACCAUUAUAUACAAGCCUUUGAAUCCAAAAUAUAUAUCACAAUAGUAGGUGUAAGGCUACCAAGAGAUCCUCUUUCGUUUCAUAAUCCUUGCGAGAACAAAUACCAACCAUAAACGACGACUAAGGGCCUGACUGGUUUAACUGUUGCGGUUGCGGUCAUUUGCAGAUGCGGGUAGUUACGGUUUUAAGCAUUAUUAAGAGAUUUGGUACAUCGGUUAAAAAUUGAUGUGUUUGUGAGAUAAUUAUGACUGGUUAACUACCAAAUGAAUCAAUGGUUAAAUCAUAAAUUAAUUAUAUUUACAUUUUAUAUAACUAUAAAAAUAUUAAAAUCAUAUUAUGAUAAUAAAUAUAAAAUUGAUAUUUAUAAAAUUAUAUUAUUAAUUUAUUAAAAAAUUAUAGAAAAUAUUUUGGCUUUAUAUUUUUAUUAUACAAAUUAAAAUAUAAUAUAUAGUUUUAGUAAAUUUAUUAUGUUAUAAAAGUAAGUAUCCACAAAAUAAUAUAUAAAAACAUUUCAAAUUCAUAGAAAACUAUAAAAAAAAAUUAAAAGAAAAAAAAUACUGAUAGUUAAAACAAAAAUAUGAAAAACAUAGUUACUAAAAUUCUAAAAUUAAUUCUAGUAAAUUAAUGAUAAUGUGUUUCUUCUAGUUAUGUUUUGAACUCUCUAUAUAAUCAUGUUUUGAAAGCAAAAAAUGUGAAAUCAUUUGUUUGAUUGCAUCUGCUUGUUUCGGUAGAAAGCAGAGUAAACUGAAAAGUGUCGUACUAUAAAUAAGAUGCUGGUUUGUGGACGCACUCUAAAAUAUUAAUGGGCCUUAAAAGAAUUCACUAGGUUGAUAAAACCCAAAAAAACAAAGAAAGUAGAAUAAAGUUUUGAAGUCCAUACGCGGACAAUAACACGUCAACACAUCAUCGGUAACUAAAGAGAUCAGGAUCCCCGACUAAUUCUGCCAUAGAGGCCAACGCCGUUCACCUAGGCUUCGAUCACCAGCUCGCUUGUCAUUAGGUCACCAACUUCUUUGACUGUCAAACACUGGCAUGCGUCCAUUUCUGCAGGGGCGGAGAACCCGUUGUUAUCUUUGUUGUGCUAUCGGAGGCUCUGAGAAAGUUGUGGGGAUGACAUCAAAUUUGCAUGGCCCUUAUGGACUGAACCGAGAGCUUCCAGUAGCAUAGCUGAGACAACAACGAAUUUUCCAUCUUUACAGAGAUCGAGUGACAGAAAUCUGAGACAUGUGAAAUCAAAAGACAUUAUUUUAUUUCGAUGUGAAUAAUUUAACAUGAAUCUAAUUCCAUAAGUGGGAUUACCACCUCGUAGCAUGUUGGUCCUAGAUGUCUAGCUAGUCAACUGCUGCACCUCAACGCAUUUCAGAGAGAACCCAUAUAGCUUCGAGUGGCAUUUCAUCUUAUGGAUCCUAAGUAUAAUCAAAUAGGUGACACUCAGCGUUGCCAGCUUAUUUAAAUGGUCUCAAGAAGCUGAAUUCUGGUAGGUACAAUUACAAUGUCUUCAAAAUCUUCAUAAAAGCUGUCCCUGGAAUUUUGGUGUGACUUGAAACAAAAUAAAAAAUAGAGAUCAAUAUAUUUUAUCACAAAAUGAAAACAGAAAACAAAUUCACAGAAAUACUUUCAAAUACGAAGUGAUAACCAAUUGAUAAAACACAAGCUUUUUCACAAAAGAAAACUAAUAGUCUACAUCUUUUGAAUUGGGUUUUCAAUUUAUUUAUCAGGAUACUAAAUUGUUAUGUUAUUUAACCCUCUAAAUUAGUUUAAGUUAAUAAAUAACAAAUCCAAUGUGAAUUUUAUAUGAUUAUUAAAAAUAGUAUAUAUAAUGUAUUUAGAUUUUUUUGUUUUAGGGGAUCUAUAAAAACGAGGACUCGGCACAAUGUACGCUUUUGUUAAUGAAUGAGUGGACAAAAAUUAGAAAAGUCCUUUACAAAAUAGGCAAAAUACUCACAAAAAAGUGUAUUCAGAAUAUUUUUUCAGUGGCUAACAAAUCGUCUUUCUAAAACUAAUUCACAAUGCCCUCGUGGAGAGCACUGAUUAGUUCGCCUUCCAUAUAAAUUUCAUUGGGUCGGUCUAACCUACUAUUAAUUAUCUUAUGAACGUUCUUAGCAGAUUUUGCAACAUAUACUGCUUUUCACUAAUUGGGAUUAUAUAUAUUUAUAGUAUGCCUUCUGUUCAAUGUAUUAGGUCAAGAGAGGAUGGUGCUCAAAAAAAAAGUCAAGAGAGGAUAAAUGGUUUGUUAAGACUUUUGCUUUUAGAUGCUUUUAAAACCAUAUAUUUGGCAAAUUCACUACCACAAAUUUAAAAUUAUUAUAUGAUGCUUUCCUUUAAAUGUAGCAUGAAGGUUCGAUAAAACGACCUGAUAAUACAAAGAUUUCAAAAGAAAUGAAACAAAAGAAAAAUGAAAUUAAAAAAAAAUGAAAUUACAAACUAAAAAUGUCCACAAUCAAUUCGUUUAAUUUUUAUUUAAUCUGUAAAAUAUUGAAUUAAAUGUAAUGGUCUAAUGGUAGUGUAAAAGGUUGAUUUUUCUGGUUUGGGUUAAAACUUCUUUGGAAGAUUACUUUCUAAAUCUGAAUAUGUAAAAUUUGAUUAUAUAUAUAUAUAUAUAUAUAAAUUAUAAACCAAAUAUUCGAGUUUUCAGUAACAUAAAAUUAGAAUAAUACAUUUAUUAAUUUUUAUAAUUUUGUAAUCAUUAAAAAUAUGCAACACUCCAAAAGUGAAUUUUCAAAAAGAGAAAAAAAAAA